AUGGCCAGGAAGUUUGCAAUCCUUGUGGCUGGCGAGCCAGACCAGGCUGUGAUAGACCGGAAGGGCACCUUUGAGCAGAUGUUCCUUGACCUGCUGCGGGACGAGGGGCGGCAGGAGGAGGAGUGGCAGCUCUUCUUUGCCUUCCAGGGCCAGCUGCCCAGCGAGCAGGAGCUGGACGCGCUCAGCGGCGUCGUCAUCACCGGCAGCGUGGCGGACGCCUUUGGCGACGAGGACUGGCUGCGAGACCUGCGGCGCACGGUGCGGGCGGCCAUGGACCAGCGCAAACAAGUGCUGGGCGUCUGCUUCGGGCACCAGCUGGUGGGCGUGGAGCUUGGGGCGCGCGUGGGGCGCGCCGGCUGCUGGGAGGUGGGGGCGCGGGAGGUGGCGGCGGCGUCCGGCGCGCGGCGCGCGCUGCAGGAGCGCGGCGCGGGCUGGGCGGGACUGCUGCCAGACCGGUUGUGCCUGCACGAGUUCCACCAGGACCAGGCGAGACGCCCGCUGUACCGCAUGAUGCACCGCAUGAUGCCGCUGCUGAGACAGACGCGGACGCGCCGGCAGCGCCGCUGGCUGUGGCGCGGUGUGCUGGAGGUCCCGCAGGGCGCUACCCUGCUGGCCUCCUCUGAGCGGUGCCCCGUGGAGAUGUUUGCGGUGGGCAGCCACGUGCUGUGCAUACAGGGCCACCCAGAGUUUGAUGGGGAGGUGGUGCGCCUGCUGGCGCAGCCGCGCCUGGAGAAAAUGGGCGCCGCUGACGUGGCGCGCAUGGAGGAAAGCAUGGCCAAGCUGGCGGUGGGCGAGCAGGCCGCGCAGCUGCAGCGCCUGUGCCGGGCCUUCCUCAAGGGCGGCUGA